AAGGAGAGUGAGGAGCAGAAUACCAAAUAAUGGAUCGUAAGACGCGGAAGGCCAACUUCCAAAAGUUGCAACAAGCUUCAGGCAAACUUCGAUCGACACGCAAUAGCAAUGCUACCUUAAGUUUGUCAAACUUUUUUGCAACACCCGAGGAUCCCUCUGAGGGUAAUCCUUCAAAAGAGAAGGCUUCUCCCAUUCCCAUGGAUAUUGAUAAUUCUUCCUCCAAAAUCAUACCAAUUCGAGCAAGCAACGUUUUUGAACACCCUGGUCCCAAACCCAAAAAGGCACCCAAGCUCAAGGGGAGUACUUCGGGAAGCUCUCGAAAGGGAAGCAGUCGCAGCAAAAAGCAACCCAGCAUUAGACACUUCCUUCGAAACGAAAAAAUGUUUUCAGAAGUAACAGCUCAGCAUUGCAUUGCAGACAACUUUAGCCCGGACGACAUCGAGAUGGCCCUGGCGCUGUCCAAGUCUGAGGCUAAGAAGCAAGAAGGACUAAGCCCAAAUGAUGAGGAGGACGCAGUGGUUGAUUUCGUUGAAGUUAAUUCCGAAAUAUCCACAGAGAAAAUUCGACGAAAGCUUGAGAAAUACGGUUUUCGCACGGCGAGAAAAGAAGAUUACAAGUCCCUGGCCGUCCUUCCUGUAGUUGCUACCAAAUUGAGCAAACGUAGCAAGUGGGCAAAUAAAUUCACUGCUCUGACUCUGCGAAAUCCCAAAGUUCAACAAAAGAAGUUGGAGGAAAAGGUAUCAAAUUUUUUGGCGCAGCAAGUACAAACCAAUGAAUUACUUGAAAAAUCCCGUUGGAUACCGCCUUAUGAUUUAAUAAGCUCAUCCCUUUUAAGCUUAAAACCCCACGCCAACUCGCAUAUCCUUCAUGAGCCAAGCGAAGGUAGUAUACCUGAUAUGAGCUUAUACUAUGUAACCGAAUUAAUGGAAAUUAGUUAUAUGCCUGCCAAUCACCUGUUAAAAAAUUGGAAUGCAAUACAAGGAAGAGACUUGUCCCCGGAACGUGAGACUUCAAAAUGUCGCCAGCUAAAGAAGCAAUUUGAUUUAGUUUAUAUAGAACUGGAAAAACAUUUUGAAGAUCAGUUAAAACUAGAGCAGGAAGUAGGCAACGAGCUAAAUGAACUGGAAAAGCUAGUCGCUGAAAACAUGAUCGAGGGUGGCUCGAGGAUGGAUGCUUCCUCGACCAGUAGCAGUCCCUUGAAAGAACCGCCAGAUAAGCGACCAAAAAUAGUGAAAGAGGAUAGAGAAAAUAAAUCUUUAAUUUCAACUUGCUCAGGUGCUCCAAGCCAAAUUACACGAUGCACUUCUCCCGACCUCUUUGCCGAUUCAGAUGAGGAACCUGAUGUAGCAACUGCAACUGUUUUAAAUAAAUCUCAGAAUUUUAAAAAGUUUUGCGAUAAAGACCUCAAUAAUUUUAGCGAAAAUGAAUGCUUAAUUUCAGAACCUAUUGAAUCCUCUUUGUCAAAUGAAGCCCCUGAUGUUAAAGAUUUUUCUCUAAAAGUCUACAAAAAUAUAAGCCUUAGUGAACCCUCACCUUUGGUGGAAGAGUUAGAAGACUUUUCACAAAUCACAUCUUAUGAAAUAUUUUCUAGUUCUAGUGAUGAAGUAAAGACUGUUACAAAAGUUACAGAAGAGAAAAAUACUAGUGACGAUAAAGGAAACAUUGAUUAUGCAGCUUUUCUAAAUCACUCUUUAGAUGAUUUAACUGAUAUAAGCAAAAACUUGAAUGAGGAUAAUCCGGAAUUAAAGGACAAUAUUAGAGUCUUUGAUGAAAGUAAAAUUUUAACUGUGGAUUCAAAUGACGAAAAUGAAUUCUGUCCUAUUUCGCAAGAACUGUACAUGAAAUAUGCGAAAAUGGAUAAACAAGCUUCUUUGGUAGAAGAUAAAGAGGAUAUUUUUUUGGAUUUUGAGAGCGACUUCCACAGCAUGGAUAAUUUAUCAUUCCAACUGGAUAAAGUUCAUUCCAGUUUAAACGACACGAAAGAAAGAUUUAGUGAAUUAAAUUCAAGAAACUCUUUAAAAAGGAAUGUUAGCUUUUCUAACGAUCAAAGCUUCAAGAAUCCGCUUAACUGGAAAAUAAAUUCCCCAGUAAAGAAUGGAGUUCCAUCACCAUGUGAAUAUUCUGAUGCUAGUAUUGAUUUGACCCUAAACAAUAGUGAUGAAAACGAGGCGAUCUUACUCUCCGAUGAGGAAAUCAAUUACUCCAUUUGGAAGGCCAAUAAAUCAAUAAAAAUCCAAGAUUUUGAUGAAGCCAGUUCUGACAGUUUCUCUUCGCCUAUUAUUAAAAAGAGUGCACUUCCGCACUUUCAAACGGAAGAUGAUCUGGAUGCCUUUCUUAUGGAUUUUCCGGGGGAUAAGAGAGGAUCAAAAAGUUCACGAUCGCCAAACAAGAGCAUUUUAAGUAAGGAGCGCGCUGAGUUUGGUAUUCUUGAUGCAGCUCCAUCUCAGCCUUUAUUUCUUUCGCAAAUUUUGAGCCCCUCCAAGCAGCCAUCGCCUUCUUAUAAUGACAUCAACUGGUCAGAGGCCUCGUUCUUAGAUGAACCAGUAAAGCCUUUAGCCCGCAAGAGCAUUCAUAAAUUUGAUGAUCUUUUCAAUAGAGUUACUCGUCCGGAAAGUGAGUCAGACAACGACUUUGACGAAUUUGAUCAGCUCGUGUUCCAAAAGUCUAAAGAUACAACAGAUUCCAUGCCCAAUGGACUAGAUAGUUUGCUUAUAGGUGAAAUUAAAUUACCUGGUAUUUCGGGAACUCCAAAGAAAGAUUCUUUUAAUGUGCAGCUGGAGGUUGAAGGAAAUAUGUACAACGUACGGGCUUGUCCCACGCCCAAGCCAGAUUUUGCCGCCUUACCAGAGGCGCAGAUUUUGCAACAACUGUACAACUAUGGCAUGAAGCCUCUUAAGCGAAAACAGGCGGUCAAAAUGCUAGAGUUUAUAUACAAUCAAACCCAUCCAAUAAUGCAGGCAACCUUUGCUGAAGACUUUCCACCCAGGGAAGCGCCUUUGUUUAGGUCUAAAUCUUCCCCAGUGAUAAAGGAUAUUUCUAAAUACUGUAAUUACUUCAGUGAAUCAACCCAUGAAGCCUGCCUUACACCAACUGAGACGCGAAAUAACUUUAAGUUUAAGAAUGCCACUGGAGAGGAACUUCUACGCUUUUCGCAAUCCAUGACACCCAGCCUCUGCGACGAUUUCGAGUUUUAUGUUUUGCAAACAAACGUCACCAAAAAGACUUCGCAGCCACUGGUGCCACUGCACAUUGCUUGGCACAAUCUUCUUUGCGCAAACUCCCACCUGUACGAAAGUGUUCUCAUGUACGAACCCAUUGAUUUGCAGGAAGUUUAUUUGCACCUCAAGCAGAUGGGCCACCGUUUUGAUCCCAAGGACCUGAAGAGUUUCUUUGACCGCCGUUGCAUAAUAUUUCGCUAUGACUUGACUGCUCCAGGAAAACAAGCAGAAAGACAUAUUCAAAAGCACCCAAAAAGGGCAUCAAAAAAAAAAUAAUUUUCCUUCCAUAAUAGUUUAUACUUACUUGCUUUGUAUUUAUAUAAACCCUCGAAUGCACUCUACUUACAUUAAGUUUAUUUAAGUAAGAUUAUUAAAUUGGAUUGUUGUAUAGCUUAUUGCGCUUAAAAAUAAUUAUUUUUGAAAUUUUGUUGUAAAAUUGAGAGAUAGAAAAUAUAUCUAACAAUUAAUACUAACAAAACACGAAUAGUUUUGAAUGUUUGAAUUUAAAAUACGGUUAAGCCGAUGAAUAAGCUAGUUACAAGCGGGACAAGUAAACUAUGCAAUACCCUCUAUGACGAGCGUCUAUGACAUGGAAUUUUUAUGGCUGCGAUUGACCCACUUAAACUCAGAUUAUGCUAUUGAGUUGUAUAAAUAUGUCCACCAACUGUGGCUAGACAAAAUA